AUGCUGUCCAGUCGCACCAACAGUAGCGUCAGCAGCAACGGCAGCCGUCACCAUAGCAGUGAGGACGACUCUCCGCUCCUUCCCACUUUCAUCGAAGAACCCAAGCCCGCCCUCCGGUCAUCCUCCCGACCAUGGUCUAGUCGCCGUCGCCGACGGUAUAUCUAUCUUAUCGGCACUCUCCUCUUUGUCGUUUUCAUCUUCCAUGCCCAGAUCGUCGUCGCCUGGCGCGACUUUGGAUACAUCAUCCGCCCCCUAUGGGACACGCCACGUGAGGGAUUGGAACCGUGGGCUGUCAUCACCCACCAUUCGAAGCCACACCCCGGCGGCGCAGACAACACUUCUUGGUGUGCUCUGCAUGGCUGGGAGGUGCGCGAUUCGCCUGCUGUCCUUGUGGAUGCCCUCCCGUUCUCGUUCGAAUUGGACCUACUCGAGAUCAGGAUGCGCGAGUACGCCGGUCUCGUGUCUUCCAUUGUCGUAAUUGAGAGCAUCAUGACAUACGCUGGAACUCCAAAGCCGCUUUACCUGGCACCGCAAAUGGAGCGCUUUGAGGAGCUCUCGCGUCAGACAGGCAUUCGUCUCGUGUACAAGCAAGUCGGGGACGACUUUGUUCCCAACAUUCCCAAGGGCAGCUUUGAGAACGAGGUCAAGCAGCGGAGCGCGAUCCGAGACAUCAUCGAGGGCGAGCGUGACAACGGCCACAUCCCGGACGGUGCGAUUAUCCUCAUUGCGGACACGGACGAACUCAUCUCGCGCGAGACGCUGGAGCUCAUGUCGGCGUGCAAGGUACCAGAUUCGAUGCACUUCAACCUCAAAAACUACCGCUUCUCCUUCAACCUUCCGCUCCCCGACGCGGGCAAUUGGGUCGCCAAGACUGAGACCGUCAAGAAGGGCGAAGAAUUUGGCUACAGCCGCUACCGUGCCGCCGACGCGCCGCUCCUGGAGAACGCAGGCUGGCACUGCACAUUCUGCUUCCCGACCCUUGAGGAUAUGCGCCACAAGAUGGGGACCUACAGCCACAAUGACCGCCUCACAAACCCAAGACUCCUAGAGGAGAAGCAGCUCCGGCACCGCGUAUGCACUGGACAGGACCCAUUUGGCAUGUGGCCGGAAGUCUUCUCGUUUAGUGACCUGGUCACCCAGUCUAUCGACGUGACUCCCUUGCUCUCGUUCCAACACCUCCCCCUCGCCCUCAAGCAAGACCCCAAGCGGUUCCCCUACCUUGUGGACAAGGGACGCCAUUCCAUGGGUGUGUAUCAAUCCGAGAAGGUUCCCCAGCUCCACGUUGGUCACCCAUUUGGCAGUGUUCGCCACCCUGGCGAAGCAUAA